AUACCAAAUAAGUUAGGCUUUCUUCCGGUUGUUACGAUCGAAAUGCAGUGAGUCUCAGUAAUAGUUGGGUUUUUCCCUCGACGAAAGAUAAAGGCUUGCUAAACCUAAUCCAUUGUCCAAAUGUUUAUUUUUUGACCCAAUAUUAAUGAGAGUCACUGUGGGUGCUUACUAAUCAAGUCUUUCAUAAAUGAAAAUAAAUCUAGUGCUAAAGAAUAUUAUAACACAUUUCAAGACAUUUGAAGACGUGAGCGAAGUGUAAAAAAAUAAGAAGAAAGACAUAAGCAGAUUACUAAUAGAAGUAUGAAGCUCGGAGUUUCAUGUGGAAAAAUGGAUAAAAAUUUAAAUGAAAAACUUGCGGACUUGCGGCUAGAGAUGGGAAGCAAGAUUGAAGUGAACACAAAGUUACAGUAUGAAUCAAAUGAAGAAAUAAAAGAAGGACGAUUUCAAAAUCCACCAAUUUCUAACGAUUAUUCGGUUCUAGUUCCAAAGAAUGCUGAAGCAGACGAAGAAAUAAAGACAAAAACGACAGUAGAGCAGAACAAAAAAGAUAAUAAUAAUAUGGAGAAAAAAUUUGAAAAAAAUUUUAAGCUGAUACCCUUCGUUAGCUUUAUUAGGCGUCAGCAGUCUUUAUUUCCAACAACAUUUGGACUUUAUUUUAAUCAUAACGAGGAAGAAUUUAUUACUCAAGAUAUGAAAAUCGAAACAAAUCAAUUUGGAAAUACUUUUCAAUAUCAUCCGAGUACUAAAGGCAAAGAGGAUUUUCACGGUCGCUACAUAAAAUAUUUUAUAAGAAAGCAUUUAGCAAAUAAAUAUGAUGUGGAACUAGUAGAUCGUUUUGCAGAACACGUGAUUGAAUAUCCUGAAAACUAUCAAACGGCUAAAAACCCUAAGUUAAAAGAAGCCAUUAAGAAACAUUAUAAAAUAUAUACGGACAAAAAUACAACAGCCAUUGAUAUUCGCUAUAGUAUUAAAGUUGUUUCGCUUUCGCGAUCUAUAUUCGGUGAAAGAGUAGUACCGAGAAAAGAAUUUCACACUUAUUAUGAGAACUUAUUGGCUAUCGUAAAAUAUUUGGAUAGUUUAACAUAUAACACAAUGGAGAUGUAUCCCGAACUCAACUGUGAAUAUUUUCAAGCUCAAUCAGUUAUUCUAUUCGAUGGCGACGUUGCGUUUGAAAUUAUGGUUUCCAAGUAUGAUUUAAGUGCCAAAAGGGUCAAAUACAAUCAAAAAAUUAUCCAAUCAAUUUUACAUUCGCUUUCCUAUUACAAACGAACUGGUAAAAAAAUUCGUAAGCUUGUUAUCUACAAUCCCCUCUUGGGUGAGGAACAUGUUGUGGAAUUGAAAGAUAUUGAUUUUGAGUUACUUGAAGAAGCUUUAGAUAAAGAUCUAACGGCCUUUCAAUCAAACCGUUUGCAUAAUAAUAAUAACUAUUUUAGAAUAUUGUAUUAAUUUUGAAACAAUUUCACUUUAAUUAUAUACGUUUUGUCUUUUUGUUACUUUGGUUGUCUUAUAAUAGAUAUUAAUGGCUAUGUUUAUGUUUUUAGUAGGGUAAAGUACACUACAUCGGCGAUAACUAAAUGGCAAUAUAUGCUCAGAAAUUUAAGAACGUGACCGAAUGAAGAGCUGAAAUUCAUUGUUCGAACUUCUUCAAAAGAAAAUGUUUUUACGUUUUCUUAUAGUCCUCUCCUUUCCAAAUUUAAAAAAUAGGAACUUAUAUUAUUUAAACUGCAACUUAAAAAAAACGAAAGGAAUAAUGAAAA